UGAAGACAUGAAGGUCCGAAGUGUGUUGAAAUCCAUCAUAUUUUAAGGUAGACUUCAAAAGUUUCCUUUUGCUAUCAAAGGAAGGAGUUGCCCCAGAAUCAGGCACACAGAAGCCCAGGAAAGGAAUAAUGCUGCCAGCAUGUCUGCACACUCCAUGCUCUGUGAACGGAUCGCCAUAGCCAAGGAGCUGAUCAAGAGAGCAGAAUCACUUUCCAGAUCAAGGAAAGGUGGGAUUGAAGGUGGUGCAAAACUGUGCAGCAAAUUGAAGGCAGAAUUGAAAUUCUUACAGAAAGUCGAAGCCGGGAAGGUGGCCAUUAAAGAAUCCCAUUUGCAAAGUACCAAUCUGACCCACCUAAGGGCCAUUGUGGAGUCAGCGGAGAACCUGGAAGAAGUUGUUAGUGUCCUCCAUGUGUUCGGCUACACGGAUACCUUGGGAGAAAAGCAGACUCUGGUGGUGGAUGUAGUUGCAAAUGGUGGUCACACUUGGGUGAAGGCCAUUGGCAGGAAGGCAGAAGCGCUGCAUAACAUCUGGCUGGGCCGAGGCCAGUAUGGUGACAAAAGUAUCAUUGAGCAGGCUGAAGACUUCCUCCAGGCCAGUCACCAGCAACCAGUGCAGUAUAGCAAUCCUCACAUCAUCUUUGCAUUCUACAACAGCGUCUCCAGCCCCAUGGCAGAGAAGCUGAAAGAAAUGGGCAUAUCUGUGAGGGGCGACAUUGUAGCUGUGAACUCCCUGUUAGAUCACCCUGAGGAGCUCCAGCCGAGUGAAAGUGAGUCUGAUGAUGAAGGCCCAGAACUUUUACAGGUGACCAGAGUUGACCGAGAAAAUGUGCUUGCAAGUGUUGCAUUUCCCACUGAGAUUAAAGUUGAUGUGUGUCGAAGAGUCAAUCUGGACAUUACUACUCUAAUCACUUAUGUAUCUGCCCUCAGCUAUGGAGGCUGUCACUUUAUCUUCAAAGAAAAAGUGCUCACAGAACAAGCAGAGCAGGAGAGGAAAGAGCAGGUUCUACCUCAGCUGGAGGCCUUUAUGAAGGACAAGGAGUUGUUUGCCUGUGAAUCUGCUGUCAAGGAUUUCCAGUCCAUUCUAGAUACCUUGGGAGGACCAGGGGAGAGGGAGAGGGCCACCAUGCUAAUUAAGCGAAUCAGUGUGGUGCCAGACCAGCCUUCUGAGCGUGCCUUGAGACUAGUGGCCAGUUCAAAAAUCAAUAGCCGUUCAUUAACAAUUUUUGGGACAGGAGAUACCCUGAAAGCCAUCACCAUGACUGCAAAUAGUGGUUUUGUCAGAGCUGCAAACAACCAGGGUGUUAAAUUCAGUGUGUUUAUCCACCAGCCCAGAGCACUCACUGAGAGUAAAGAGGCUGUAGCCACCCCCUUACUGAAAGAUUACACAAAUGACUGAACACUAACUAAAAAUUGUCAUAGAAAUAAGUUAUUUAUACCAAAGGCUGGCCUUCCCUUUAUUGAGGGGAAUAAAAGAGGUUUAUAGUAAAAAAUGGUACUUAGAACCAGUAGAAUUUUUUUGUGUGUGUUAUCUAUAUUUGAAGUAAAUAAUCUCUUAAAGUAGAAAAAGCACAAGAGAUAACUUUAUCAAGCUUCAUUGCAGUUAGAAACAGAAUACAUCAUCAAGGCUUUUAGCCAUCUUGUGAUAGGUUAGUUUGAUUCAAUAGGGUUGUAAAAACCCCUAUAGCUAAUCACAGUUCGUGGAAUCUGGCUACACUGUGCUGUCUUGUGUUCAUUAAAUAUCUGGAGAAAACUGCAA